AUGGCGCGCCUGUCCCGUGUUCUGCUGGUGGUAGUGACCACACACUGCGCCCUAGUCCGCGGCUCCGUCCAGCUCGUGCGUAAUGCGGCGGCGGACGCGUGCGCCGACGUGUCGUGUCUAUCGACGGCCGAGGGCACUUCCCUAUCUGGCUGUCCGGUGGACUCGGUGCUGAAACUGGCGCCGCCGGCCCGGCCCAACUGCUGUCCGUCUGUGGCCGAGUGUGUGUGUGACCUCGAGUCGUGCCCACGGCGGCCGCAGUGCGCGCACGGUCAGCCCACCCUGGUCCGCGCCGGAGACAGGAGGCCAGGCAGCUGCUGCAGCAUCUGGGACUGCAAGGACAGCGCAGCCGCGCCCGCAGCCGCGCCCGCCGUGUCCGCGGCGCCGUGCACCAACGUGAGCUGUCCGCCGGCGGCGCCGUGUCCUGCGGACAGCUACCGGUCAGCCCCGGAGGGAUGCUGUCCGGGCGCGUGCGUGUGCCAGCCGGCGCCGUGUCCUCUGCCGGCGUGUCCGGGCGGUGCGCGGCCCCGUGUCCUGAUGGACGCGUCCGGACAGCCGGGCGCCUGCUGUCCCGUCUACCAGUGCGCGUCUUCCGCGUGCCACCGUGACGACCGGUGUCCACGGUGCUGGAUUAACGGGUGA